AAUAUGUCUGCGCCCAUGAUAACACGAUUUUCUUCAAGAAAAUAAUAAAAAAGCAAGAAAAACACGCUUAAUCUUUCAGAAAAGAUGGCUAAAGAUAACAAAGGCAAUUGUAAAUGUUCUAAAGAACUCCUCAACCUUGGAUAUAAUCAUGAGAACCCUUACUUGAUCACAAAAAAUGCCAAACCAAAAGAAAAACCACAGACCUACAGAUCCAAACCCAGUUCAGUGAUUGGUGAUGUCAGAGCAUUCCUUCCAAUGAUUGCAAAAGCCAACGUUAUAAUGCAAGAAGAGCUGAAAACAGACCCCAACAAGUUUGAUAUUGAAGCUGAAGAAGAUGGUGAAGGUCCACUCAUUCAAAUGGAUAUGGCCAUGGUGUUACAGGAAGGAUCUGACUCCUCUGACGGAUCUGAUUCAUCAUCAGAUGACGAUGAUUCAGAUAGUGAAAACUGCUUUGGUGAAGUGACUGAAGACAAUUUCAGAGUUGGGAAAAAGACAACGCCAACCAAAUGUUUGAUCCAAGAGGUUUCGCCUAAUGUGACUGAAAAAAGUGAAGUGAUUUUGGAAGAAAACGAUAAAGUGACAGAUUGUGGUGAAAAUACCUGAAGGAGAAAAGUUUUAAAUGGAUAAUAAAUAUGUUUAGUCCUGCCUCCAAAAAUGUAUCUUAUUUCUGAAUAAAGGUCAUUGAAGAUGUCUCAUUGGA